AUGGUGCUCCUUAAAGCAGCUUCACUCUUUACCAUUCUUGGGAGCAAGCAUCUAGCUACCGCCUUUGUCGUCCCCGCACAGCAGUCCUUAGAGACCGAGAAUUCCAGUAACAAAUAUAACCAAGACGAUAAUGAUCCUCUUCCACUCAUCAUCUGGCAUGGCUUAGGAGACAGUUAUGCAUCUGAAAGCCAGGCUUCCGUUGCCGCCGCCGCCCAAGCCGUCCAUCCCGGAACCUACGUCUAUCACAUUAGGCUCAAUGAUGAUGCCAAGUCCGAUCGCAGCUUAUCCUUCUUUGGGAACGUCAGCUCGCAACUUGAACAAGUAUGCGCCGAUUUAGCAUCCCACCCUAUCCUCUCAACGGCCCCAGCGGUUGAUGCGCUUGGCUUCUCCCAGGGCGGUCAAUUCUUACGCGGCUACAUUGAACGAUGCAACAACCCACCAGUUCGUUCUCUUGUUACCUUUGGAGCGCAACAUAGCGGCAUCAGCAAGAUUGACGUGUGUGCGCGUACAGACCUUCUAUGCAAGAUCGCAUUGGGCGUAAUUCGUUCCAACACGUGGUCCUCAUUUAUCCAGUCUUAUCUAGUACCUGCUCAGUAUCUUCGUGAUUCUUCAUCUCCAGAGGCUUACGAGCAGUAUCUAGCCAACAGUAACUUUCUUGCCGAUAUCAAUAACGAGCGUUCCUUCAAGAAUGAAAUGUACAGGAAUAACAUGGCGCGUCUAGAACGCUUUGCCAUGUACAUAUUCCAAAAUGAUGAGACUGUCGUUCCAAAGGAGUCUGGCUGGUUUUCUGAAGUGAAUGGUUCUAAAGUAUCGUCGUUGAGAGAGCUACCGAUGUACAAAGAAGAUUGGUUGGGUUUACGUGCCUUGGAUGAGAAGGGUGCACUACGCUUCGAAACAUCGCCUGGCUCCCACAUGGAACUCAGCAACAGCGUGCUAAAGAAGGCCUUUGAGCAAAACUUUGGCCCCUAUGGUAGGAAAUUCGAGGGAUUGAUGGGUCAAUGGGAGUUGUAG